ACAAUAUUGACAGAACAUGAAGACCAGUCUCGGUUUUUACUAUGAAAAAUCUUGUAUUAGUUUUAACUCUACAAAUAUAUGCCAUGAGGUUUAGAGGGUAGAACAGCAUUCGUGAAUUAGCAUCCUCAUAAUAAAUGAAAUUAAACUCACAUUGAUAAUCUUGACCUGAAAUAAGCCCUCUGCUUCUUCUUUGGUGGGAAUUUUCCACGGUGAUUUCACAAGAAACAGAUAGUGGUUGCAUUGAAUGAUGAUUUUACCGCAGGGGCGGAUCCAGAGGACUGGGGUUCCAACUGCAAACCCCACCUUGCUCAGCUACAUAAAAAAUUUUGUAAAACAACACUUUAUGAGAAAAGUGUAAUGGUUGUGUGCUUUAUCCAUUAUCAUCAGAUGGUGGGAUGGGAUUGGCAUUCAAAGUGCGAAAUAAUGAUAUAGACAUAUGUGAUAUCACAAUUAAUGCUUUGCAUCAAUGGAAUUGAAUCGCAAUGUGAUCCUAUUAAAUCAUUAUAUAAAAAUUGAUGUCAAUCAGGGUGUUGGAUUUCUCUCUUUAAAAAGCUCAAUGUGUAUGUAUGCCUACGCAAUUUAUAGACGAUGAUGACAUCAUGCUUUGUCAACUGUCAGAUUUCCUUAACAGGAGCCUGGAAAACCCUCUCCUGCAAUAAUUCCUGGAUCUGCCCAUGUACAGUUCAUAUAUUUAAAGUCAGUCAGUAACAAUAACUGGUAUCCUGUAUUUUACAACUCUUUGUGGUCCCGUGUACGCCCUUGAUGGGUGGAAUUUAAAGAAGAGUCAUUUAUCAGGAAACCAAGAUGAAUAUGUCAGCCAUGCUCCCCCCUCCCCCGCCCCCACCACCCCCACAAGUAUCAUCUGUUCCUGAUUUAGAUGAAUUGAGAGCUAACACUUUGGAUAAUUUCGAAGUGGUCACACCUAUUGAAAUGGGAAAAGAAGGAUAUAAAGUCUACAAAGAAUUUUUAGAGAGACAAGGCAGAGGAAGAGAAGAGAAUUGUUAUUUAUCAUUUGGUUAUACAGUUAAUCCUAUAAUACAGAAAGGUCCACAGUGUGGAAUGGUAGCCUUAGCCAUGGCUGCUCCAUUGUUAGGUAAACAGGAUAUAAGUCCAGAUAAAAUUUAUUCAGUAGCACAGUCCAAAAACUUCACAAAACAGGGAGAGUUAUUCUCUGCUGACUAUUUGUCCAGAUUAUCACAUCAAGUUCUCAAUUGUCAUUCUGAAGUCGUGGAGAUGGUGAAUGGAAAGAAAACAAUUCUACAACACUUACUUAGAGGAUCCAUUUUACUUGUUCCAUAUGAUGCUGAUAAAAAUCAUGGUCCAUGUAAAAAGAGAGGACAUAAGGCCCAUUGGGCUUUGUUAUCUGGGUUUUUAAUCAUGAUGGAUAUGACACACCUGAAAACUCUUAAAACACAUUUUAAGGCAGACGAUACUCACAGACAUUUGUACCACUGUGUAGAUGUAAACAGUAUUUCGCCAUGUGAAACCGAAUUAAUUAGUUCCGCAAGAGGCAUAUUAGUGUACGGACACCAGGGAAAGAGCAAAUAUACCGGAUAUUGGUUCCUAAAUGAAUUAUUGGACAGUAAUGCAAAUUUAAGAGAGGUUGGACCUGAAAGAGAACCAGGUGAAUACAUCAUCCCUAGUGGAGGUAUUAUAAGUGGAUUAUGUGGCAAAAUUGUGGGACUCACCAAGAGUCAGUAAACGAUUUCUGUUUUAUAUAUUUUUCUAAGCCUUCCAUUUAAAACAAGAACGAUUUUACCAUUUGUGCUAGAGUGUGGGAGUUGUGUAAAUAUUUGAAUGUAUUCAUAAUAUAUGCUUUAAUUUGCCUGUAAUGUCUUAGAGGCAUACCAGGAAAAUAUUUGCAGCAUACACAUCCAGUUAAUAAUGUCUUAUUGUCUUAGUUCUUGUUUAAUAUCCAACUAAUUCAUGAAUUUCUUUGUUAAAUUAUUGUUGAAUAUUUCCAUCAACAUGACAAACAUGUGAAGUGUUUACAUGAAAAAUGUGGUAGAUGCCUUUCUUGACAAAAAUAAUUGUGCAGUUAGAUAUCUGACUAGAAUAUAAGACUUUAUUGAUAUUUUUUUAUCCAUAAUGUGGCAGCAUCAACAGUAUUGUUAAUCCAGGCCGAGCGAGUUCUUAUUAUUAAAGUGCAGUAUAUGUAACAUAUUAAAUACACUUUUACUCAUUGAAAUGUUGCAGUUAAUAAACCUAGUGUAAAACUG